AUGGUGAUUCUGUUUCUUUUCUUAUCUCUUGCUCAGGCAGCAAAUGUUUUGAAAUGAACAACUCAGCCUACUUCUGUAAUUAUAACAUAGACAACUUUAGGCGGCACUUUAUCAUCAGUCUCCGUUUCUGUUGUAGAUUCAACCACCCAAGCAGUUCAAGCAAGCGCGACUGGCACUAUUAUUGUAGUUUUGGACUCUGGAACACUAACUGGAAGCACUCGGGUGGCUUUGUCCUCAGGAGUCGCUUCUUUUACUACUUUAUCGCCUUGAACAGCUGGAAGUCGCUACUUGGUCGCAUUUUCAGCUUCUUUAGAUCCGGUUUACUCAUCAACUUUUACAGUCGCUCAGGCUUAUCCGUAUUAUAUGACCAUUUCUGGGUCGGCAACAGCGACAACAGGCACGACUGGAGGGACUUGAACGGUGACUUUAUAUGAUUAUCUUGGAAACUUAUAUACAUCUGCAUACUCAGUUACUAUGACACUUUAUGGAAGUGAUCCGACUGCAACAUUAGGCGGAACAACGACAGUAACUACCUCAAGUGGAGUCGCAACAUUCAGCACGUUAACAAUAAGCAAAUCAGGCACUUUUUACCUAUACCCUACCAUUUCUGGGACUUCUAUAGUCCCUAAUGCUAUAUCAGUAACAGUUUCUGGCCCAUCAACACCAGCCUCUAUGCAAUUUUCAAGCCUUGGCAGUAUUGGGAUUGGGGAUACAUUUUCAGUGACUGUCGGGUUUUAUGAUGCUAGCGGAAAUCUGUUAACAAAUUCAGCAUAAAUAAUAUGGCAUUCGGUUCGAGAGAAAUUAGUUCUGCUAAUUUUCUCUCCCUCAUGGAAUUUUAUUUAUGGGGUUGGGUUUUCUCUCGAGAACUUCUGCACAGCAAUAGCUGUUUAACUUUUGGGAUAACCAAAGGAACAGCUCCUCAGUGCACUCAAAAUUUCGGAGUUUUACCUCUCAGCACAUCCCCACGGGAGGAUGACCCUUAGGCGGAACACGCGCAGGAGCUGAGUCGAGACAGGGCGACGGCAACGCGCCCGGUGAGAUGUGCGGCAAACGGGCGAAGUGCAGAUGAAGGCUUGGCCGGUGGGCUAACCACCGCGAUUCUAAGAUGGCUCGGCGACGUCAUCAGUUUUGCUAUAACUCCAUUUUUAUGGGGUGCGGCACUAGACACCUUAAAUACCAGACACUAAGUUAAGUUAAGUUAACAAAUUCAGCAAGUAUAACACUAACUAUAAAUUCUGGAGCCUUAGGAGGAACUACCACGCAAACUUCAAGCAGUGGACAAGCAACUUUUUCUUCAAUUUACAUGGACUCUACAACUACUACAGGAUCCAAAACAUUGACAGCUACCUGCGCCACAUAUUCUUCUAUGACAGCCACCACUACAUUUACAGCUAUAAGAACUGCCGCUUUAGUCUUUACUUUAUCAAGUGAGCCACAAGUCUAUGCUAAUGUCGGAACUUACACCUACACUCUCAAGCUGUCAGUAGCACCCCAAUCCGGUGUCUCAGUCUCUAUUACUAGUGCUGAUACUUCAAAAAUUACAGUUUCCCCUUCUUCUAUAUCAUUUACAUCUUCUGAUUAUAACACUGCCCAAACAAUAACUUUAACAAUCGAUUCUAGUGCUUUUACUUCUUCAUCUCCAAUGCAGACUGAUAUAAAUAUUAACCAUGAUAUGACUAGUAGCAGUGAUGAUAAUUAUAAAACUUAUGGGCUGCUCACAGGCUGUGACCAAAUUUCUGGAAGUUCUGGGUCUGGGACGCUGACUAUGACAGUUAUAAGUACAUAUGCAGCAGGAAUGGUAGAAAUUAAGGGGACGUUUUAUGCACAAGAAGGCACCCCAGAAACUUAUUAUGUGUUUUUGUCAGCAGCGCCGACUUCUACUGUUACUAUUACUCCUACACAAUCAGAGUUUACUUUUAGCCCUUCUGAUUUAUCAUUUGAUUCAACUAAUUAUGGAACUGGCCAAGCUGUUACUUAUACUGCGCCUACAGGGACAAUUGGCAAACUUUCUUACGAAAAGAUAAGCAUCUCCCACUCCAUCUCUACAAGUGAUGAAAAAUUUAAAUACGCGGUAGCUCCGAGUGCCGAAAUUGUAAUAGUCAGUGCUUCUUCAAGCAUUUAUAAAGUCAUCCAAUCAACUUGGCCAGUUAUAUAUGAAGGUUCUACUACAACAACUGCCAUUUAUACAAUUUCUUUAUCACAACCGCCUUCAUCUUCUUAUACAGUUACCAUAAAUCUUUCUACCUCAGCACCUCUUUCUGUAUCUCCUACGUCCCUUUCUUUUAGUUCUUCUGAUUAUUCAACAGCUCAAACUGUGACUAUUACUUAUACACGUGAUUCUACUCAAAGAGCUAUGACUUAUUAUGUGAAAAUUUCUCAUUCAGUUUCAUCGUCUGAUAAUGCUUACGAUAAUAUGGAAAAUUUCUCAAUCGCGAAGGACUUGAAUGUUUUUGUUAUAAAUAGCUGCUCUUAUGGACAAUAUACAGAUCCUACUAACGGAGGCGGCUGUGGAAACUGUCCUGAAGGAUAUGAAUGCCCAGACCCUGUAACUAAAACUGCAUGUAGCGCAGGCUAUUAUAGUCCUGCAGGCAAAUUCACCUGCUUACCUUGUCCUCCAGGAUACUCUUGUGCAGCUGCUGCUGCAGCUGCUGCUUGUUCAUCAGGAUAUUAUUCAUUAGGCUUCGCAAGUUCAUGCACACAAUGUGCUGCAGGCUAUGCUUGUAUAAGUGCAAGUGCUCCUCCAGCAGAGUGUCCUUUAGGAACUUAUUCAGCCGCAGGUGCUACAAGCUGUACAACAUUGACUGGCGAUUUAGUAGGCUGGCCAAACCAAACGCCUACCUCAUGUUCAUCAGGGACUAUUCCUUCAGUUAUGAGAACUCACUGUGAAACUUGUCCUGCAGGCUGGUAUUGCAAUGAUCCGACAACGCGAACUAUGGCUAUUUGUCCUGUUGGAAGUUAUGCAGCACCUGGGAGCUCUUCUUGCACGAGUUGUCCAGCUGGACAUGCUUGCUCUAGAAGUGAAGAUUUAGGGGUUUGUCCUGAUGGAUAUUAUAGCGAUGAUGGGGUAGGAUCAUGCAUUGAGUGCCCUCCUGGCUCAUAUUGUGCUUCAGGUACUAAAACAACUUGUUCUGGGUCGUCACAAUAUGGCCAAACAGCAUGCCAACAGUGUCCUGCAGACUAUUAUUGUCCUGAAGGCCUUCCGCCUAUCCCUUGUCCUCCUGGAUAUGCUUCUACAGCAGGCGACGGUGUUUGUACAAAAUGCAACCUUGGACAAUAUAGAGGGGUUGGUCAAUGCUUAGACUGUCCAGUAGGGUAUUUUUGUCCUUCUCCAGUAGCUCCUCCUUACCCUUGCUUUUUUGGGACUUAUACGUCGACUACAGGUCAAAGCACUUGUACAGCAUGCUCUAGUGGAUAUACUUGUGACCAAGGCUCUAGUUCUGCUACCCAAUAUGCAUGCCCGAAUGGUUUUAGCUGCAGCUCAGUUCUUGUAGAUGGGUCAUCUCAAUAUGCAACUUGGCCUAAACCAUGUCCCAUAGGAUAUUAUGGAUCAGGCUGCACCACCAGCUGUCCGGCUGGGUAUUAUUGUCCUGGAGGCACUAUUGAUUACCAAAAAUUCCCAUGCCCUCCUGGCCAUUAUUGUGCAUUAGGAUUGUCUACCCCUACUUCAUGUUCAGCAAAUACAUAUAACCCUAAUUGGGAAUCUACAAGCUCUUCUGCUUGCACUGCAUGCUCUGCUGGAUAUUUUAGCUAUGCAGGAUCUCCUCGACAACUGGUAUGUCCUCCUGGGAGUUAUUGUACAGGCUCAGCUAGUCCAGCGCAAUGUGCUGCAGGUACUUACUUUUUUGGUCUUGGAGCAUCUUCCUCGUCAAAUUGCUUAACCUGUCCUAAAGGUUAUUAUUGCCUUCAAGGUUCCAUUCAGCCUACUCCAUGUCCUAUUUAUUACUAUUCAAGCUCUACAGGACUGACUCAAGCUUCUGACUGCACCAAAUGUCCAGCUGGCACUUAUUGCCCAGUGACCCGAAGAACGGAUACAAGUAUUCAAUUGCCAUGUUGGCCUGGCUAUUAUUGUACAUCUGGCUCAGCCCCAACUCAAAACUCUGCAGGCUAUAUUUGCGAAUCAACAAGCUUAACCUCCAGCUCUGACUGCACCACAAGUUGUCUAGCAGGAUACUACUGCCCUGCAGGUACAGCUGAUUCUCGUCAGCCGAAAAUUCCUUGUCCAGCUGGAUCUUACUGUCCAAGUGGCGCAAGCUCAGCUUCAAAAUGUCCAGCAGGCUACUGGUCCAAUAAAAAUUAUUUAACAGCUUCUACUGAAUGCUCGCCUUGUCCUGCCGGCUACUAUUGCACCCAAGGAACGUCUACAGGAUGCACUUCUCCCUCUCUCUGCAAACCCGGCUUUUAUUGUCCUCCUAUGACCACUGCUUAUGAUUCCAACCCUUGUCCAGCUGGUACAUAUUCUCCAUACGCAGGUUUAAGAUUUAGUUAGAGUUAAAAUGGCAUGGAGACCAAGCCCGCUCUUUAAGUCCUUUAGUUGACAUCACACAUAGUGUGCAGGGAUAUUGAAGAAGGGGAAGGGCGUUCAGGAGCGUACAUUAGGUAAAGAUUUUUCCUAGAUUAAUAAAGCGCAAUGCCAGGAAACUGCUAGCUUAUUUAAAUCUAUGUAUUUUGCCUCAGUGAGAAAUAGGUCUGAAAGUUGGAAAGAGUUGUUCAGAAGAGCUAGUGGUAUAUUUACUGGAUAUCAGAUUUGUUUUGCAGCAUAAAACCAGGAGUUUCGUAUUUCCAUUUGGCCAAAAGCCGACCAGAAAAUUUGACAUUUUGAUUUUCUGUGGAAGGAGACUUUUGUUGACGCAGGGUACGGUGGCUAACUCCCGAUCUUCCACUAGGAGCAACUCAUGUAAUAUCUUGCAUGAGCCAGCACUCAGACGAAGGGGACUUUAAGGGUGGAGGUAGUCUUUCAGGAAUUACAGCGAAACUUUCGAUAAGAUUAAUUAAGAAUUAAGACGCACUUCAUGCUGGUACAACCAAUUCAACAACCAGGUGAGUGUGUGACCUCUUUCAGCAAGUAAGGUCAUUCACGAAUUAGGAUCAAGUGGGAAAGUACUAUGGGCGGAGGUAGUCAUUCAGGAAUCAAGUGGUCUUUUCGAUAAGUUUAAUAAGCAAUUAGGUUUAAGAUUUAGCGCAGAAUGUAUCACUUGCCCUAAAGGUUACUACUGUCCAUAUACAUCUACAGGCUUGCAGAAGCCUACAGCUUCAGGCACAGGAUAUGCAGUGACUACAGCAGGUGCUUCAUCUAGAACUGCAUGCACAGCUGGGUACUAUUGUCCGUCUAACGUUAACUCAGUUAUGCUGCCUUGUGGAAAAGGCUACUAUUCCUCCUCACAGCAAACCUCAUGCACUCAAUGUACCGCUGGUUAUUACUGCCCUCUUAAUAACACCUCAACGAGUUCUAUGAACUUAAACCCAUGCCCUGCUGGCUUAUACUGUCCGAUUGGCACUGAUCAUUAUCCUACAAACCUUUAUGAUAGAUGUCCAGCUGGCUACUAUUGUAUCCAAGCUACUUCAAGUCCAACUGCAUGCUCAGCAGGUACUUUGAGAUCACUACCUGGAGGCUCUCAGUCUUCAGACUGCACAAAUGUCCCAGCUGGGUACUAUGUUUCAUCAACAGGAGCUACAAAACCAGACGGAGUGUGUGCUACUGGCUAUGUCUGUCCAGCCGGCAGUACUUCUGCUACUGCGACUGCAUGUGCCCAAGGGACAUUCAGAAUGAUUACAGGAGGCACCACUUCUACUGACUGUGGAGAAUGUCCGGCAGGGUUUUAUUGUCCAUCUGGAGCUACUACGCCUACGAUAUGUCCUGUCGGAAACUACUGUCCAGCUGGGUCAUCUUCUCCUACAGCUUGUGCUGAAGGGACUUUUAACCCAGGAACUCAAAUGAUUAGAUCAUCUGACUGUAUAUCUUGUCCAGCAGGCUACUAUUGUUCAGGUACUGGGCAAAGCACAACUACAGGCCAAUGCACAGCUGGGUACUACUGUUCAGGAGGUAAUAUAGAUACUUAUGGCGCUACUACUUCUUCAAGUUCUCCAAAUCUAUGCCCAAGCGGAGGGUACUGCCCUACAGGAACUGCUGUCCCAAUCCCAUGUAGUCCUGGCAAAUAUUUGCCAUCUAGUGGUAAAUCAUCAUCAAGUGAUUGUCAGGGCUGUCCAGCGGGGAAAUAUUGUGCAGGUGCUACAAGCUCUCCUACUGGGGACUGUAAAGCUGGAUUUUACUGCACAGGAUCAUCUGCUACAGAUAGCCAAAAUAUAGCAAGAGCUGGGUAUUAUACAAGUUCUGGUGCUUCAUCAGAUGUUGCAUGCUCUGCAGGGACUUAUAACCCUGCUCAAGGUCAAAGUUCAUGUCUUACUUGUCCAGAUGGUUUUUAUUGCCCAACUACUGCUAUGACUGCUCCUAACGAUGACCCCCCCUUAAUUUUCAUGUCUAUUGCAACAAAAAUUUUUUUGAAAAAAUCUUCAUGCCUACUCAACACAACAUUUUUAUAAAAAAAAAAAAUAAACAAUGCUACUGUAGCGUGUCAAUGACCUUCUCAUCGAGAUUUGGACGGCUAUUGUCAUCGCUCGCCAUUUUAUUAAACUUAUCUAGCUAAAAAGUACGGGAAAAUUUAAGAUGCGCAUCGAAAAUUUUUUGCAAGAGGAUUAGAUUAUUACAGACAGGCGCUAGCCAUAUUGGUGACGCAGUCAUCAAGAACCUCCCGUACGGAAGGUUCUACCGCUUUCGAAUACAGCCCAGAGAGCCUAUCCCUCUGACGAGUGCCCUUCCGGUACCUGCUGUCCCCUCCUUGCCUUGCGGCUUCAGUCUUGAGUGGGCAGCUUAUGGAUUUCUGCGACAUGGGUCAUCGGAUCCAAAGGAUAUUGUUGAGCACCUCCAUUUCCAACCACAGGAAAGCAGCCAAAGCCUACCCGGAUACACACUUUCUUGAGCCUGCGUCUGAUUUUCGGCUCGGAGUCCGUCCCAGUUUCGCCGUAGCUAUAAGGUCUGGACUGCUGCGCCAAGAUGGCAGGUUGUCACGUGUCGCCAUUUUAAUGUAUAUAAUUUGUUGCAAGAGACAUGAAAAUUAUUAUUUUUUUAUAUGAAAUUUUAUAUUAAAAAUUUGCAUUUUUGUUGCAAUGGACAUGAAGAUUGAGGGGGGUCAUCGUUACAAUUUGUCCUGCAGGGUAUUACUGUCCAAGUGGCUCAACAACUUAUACUGCAUGUGCUGCGGGUACUUAUAAUCUUUGGACAGGCAUGAAAUCUUCUAGCGAUUGUGUGAGUUGCCCAAGUGGAUAUGCCUGCACUACUACAGCAAUUUCGGCAACAUCAAGCAUGAUUCAAUGCAGCGCUGGCUAUUGGUGUUUAACAGGAGCAAGCUCAGCAACUCCAAGCGAUGUUUCUGGAAAAUAUGGCUCAUGCCCUCAAGGCUACUACUGUCCUGCUGGGAGUGGAGCCCCAACUCCUUGCCCUCCAGGCACCUACGGAGCUUCAACUGGGCUUCAAUCCUCAAGUCAGUGCACAGACUGUCCUGCAGGCAAAUAUUGUAUGGGCUUAGGUUUAACUGCAGUGUCCGGAUCUUGUUCAGCUGGCUACUACUGUCCUACUAAAACUACGAUCCCUAAUCCAAUUGCUACCAUAUGCAGUGCAGGCUAUUAUUGUGCAGCAGGAGUUGGCUCACAAACUCAAGUCCCAGCUGGGUAUUAUCAGCCAAAUAAAGGCCAGUCUACUUACAUUGAUUGCCCAGCAGGUUUUUAUUGUCAAUUGGGAACUUCAAGUUAUAUUAACUAUGAAUGCCUACAAGGCUACUAUUGUCCUAAAAAUACAGGAUCAAGCAAUGCUUAUCCAUGCCCAGCUGGAACUUAUAACCCUAUCGCAGGUGGACAAAGCAGCACAUGGUGCUUAAGCUGUGACGCUGGAAAGUACUGUUCAGGAAUUGGGCAAUACCAAACUACUGGAAGUUGUACUGCAGGUUAUUAUUGUCCAACAGGUACAAGUACAGCUACUCCAUCAACUACCUAUUGUACUGCAGGAUAUUAUUGCCCUACAGGAAGCUCUGAGAAAAAAGUAUGCGACGCAGGUUAUUAUUGCUCAGGUGAUUAUGCAACAGGUAAAACUGGCCAGUGCAGUGCAGGGUAUUACUGCAUAUCUAAGGCAACAACAGCUACCCCUGAAGAUGGGACAACAGGAAAUAAAUGUCCUGCUGGUUAUUAUUGCGGAAUUGGAAGUAUUGCUCCAACACCUUGCCCUGCUGGUACUUAUAACAGUGAUCAAGAAAAAUCUUCAUCCACAGACUGCCAGACAUGUCCUCAAGGAUAUUAUUGCCAAGGAUCAGCAUUAACUGGCACUUCUGGUUCAUGUGCAGCAGGAUGGUAUUGUCCAGCUGGCUCGAAAACAGCUAAUGCAAAUGAAUGUACAGCAGGCCACCAAUGCCCAGAAGGGAGUUAUCAAGAAACUGCGUGCACAUCAGGAACGUACCAACCUCAAAAAUUGCAGUCUUCUUGUGCGACCUGUCCUGCAGGCUAUUAUUGCAAUGGGAGUGCCUUAACUGUUGCCACAAUCUGCCCAGCUGGAUAUUUUUGUCCUUCAGGAACAGGAGCUUAUACAGGAAAUGCUUGUGGUGCUGGAACAUAUAAUCCUGCUACCGGGAUGAGUGACUCAUCUUCUUGUUUGACAUGCCCUCCUGGUAGCUAUUGCACAGGAGCUGACCCAUCAGUUAUUACAGGAACAUGUGACGCCGGCUGUUAUUGCAGUGGAGGAGCAACAAGUUCGUGUCAAUAUUCAUGCUCGGCAGGAUAUUACUGUCCUUCAGGAUCUGCUAUAGCAAUAGAAUGUCCGCCUGGGAAAUACUGUGCAACUUCAAAUCUACACGCACCCACUGGCUCUUGUACUGAAGGGUAUCUCUGCAUCCUUAAAGCGACAACUCCAACACCAACAGACGGCACUACAGGAAGAGAGUGUGUAGCAGGGACAUACUGCACUUCUGGGACAGAUCAUGAAAUCCCUUGUGACAUUGGAACUUUUUCAACUGCGACUGCGCGGAUAUCAAGCUCUACCUGUGGUUUAUGCACUGCAGGAUCAUAUUGUGACGUUCUAGGGGCUACUGGAGUGACUGGAAGCUGCCAUGCAGGAUUUUAUUGUGUAGCUGGGUCAACUACUGAUAGGCCUAAAAGCGGGAUUUGUCCUGUAGGAAAAUAUUGUCCAAGUGGAGCAGCAACUUAUACAAGUUGUGAUCCAGGUUAUUAUAAUAAUAUUCAAGGCCAGUCUUCUUGCUUCUCUUGUCCUGCUGGCUUUAUAUGUGCUGGAGAUACAAGUGAUCCUGUACAGUGUGAUCCUGGGUAUUAUUGCACUGGAGGAAACUAUGACCCUGGCAAUUAUCCUCAAUGUGCGGCUAGAACUUAUAACCCAUUUUAUGGGCAAUCAGCAUGUUUGGAUUGCCCUAUUGGAUUUGAUUGCCCUGAUGGAGCUACAGCGCCUACUGUUUGUCCAGCUGGAUAUUACUGUCCUGAAGGUGUUGGAAAAACUAUUUGCCCAAGCGGGACUUAUUCAGAAAUCACAGGACUGCAGUCAGCCAGCAAUUGUAAGCCAUGCCCUACAGGAAGCUACUGCACUUCUGGUGCUAUAACUGGAGACUGUUCAGCAGGGUACUUCUGCCAAGGAGGAAACUCUGUGCCAAACCCUAAUGAUAUAAAAACUGACACUGUAUAUGGCAUCAAAUGUCCUACAGGCUACUAUUGCGAAGCUGGAACUACCUUACCCACCCCUUGUCCUUAUGGCAAAUUCACUACCACUACAGGUGCAACUUCUGCAUCAGACUGUCAAGUCUGCACAGCUGGCUAUUACUGUAUCCCAGGAGACCCCACCCCUUAUGCAUGUCCUGCUGGCGCUUAUUGUCCAACCGCCAGCAACUCCCCUACCUGGUGCCCUACCUUGACCUAUUCUUCUACGACCAUGGCUACUACCAGUGCUACUUGUAUAUCCUGCCCUGCUGGCUACUUGUGUACAAGCACAGGUAUAGGUGACUAUAAAAGAUUCCCAUGUCCUCCUGGGAGCUAUUGUACGGCUGGCUCUACUACUUCUACACAGUGUCCUGCAGGGACUUGGGCUGCAAAAUCAGCAACUGCAAGUGCAAGUGACUGUGACGAAUGUCCGGCUGGUUCUUACUGCUUACUUGGAGCGACCACUAUUAACCCUUGUCAAGAUUGGACUUGGUGUGAUACUGGAAGUUCUAAAGAAGGCACUUGUCCAGGCGGCUAUUACUGUCACCAGAACCAAACAGAGCUGGUUUCUUGUAUGGCUGGGUUUUAUUGUCCUGAAACCCCAGAUGUCAUUACCACUCCUACACCUCCUUAUAGAUGUGACGUCGGGACUUAUUGUCCGCCAGGCUCUAAUAGUCCUACAAACUGUCCAAAUGGCUAUAUAUAUGUCCCAUACUCUCAAAGGAAAGUCCUAUGGCAAUCCUGCAUUUCUUGUACAGCAGGAUACUACGCUGCAUCUGAUAAUACUUGUAAAGAAUGCAAUGCAGGCUAUUACUGUGCAGAUGGGGCUUCUUCAGCGACUCCAGAAUCUUUAGACGCUGAUGGAGGCUACCCAUGUCCUACCGGCUAUUACUGCACAAAGGCAACUCCAGCUCCAGUCGCAUGUCCAGCUGGGACUUAUAACAAAUAUACUGAUGGUAAAAGUAUUGGAGACUGUAUACCUUGCCCAACUAAUACUUAUUCAGACGUAGAAGGCUCAUCAGGCUGCUAUCCUUGUGGUCCUAAUGCUAGGGCAACUGAAGGUCAAACCACUUGUAACUGUGUAGGCGUUAAUAGAUCUUAUAUGAAAAGAGAUGGUACAUGCAGAUGCACCCCAGGCUAUGCUUUUUAUACAGACGGAAUUAAUUCAUCUGACGACGACUCUGAACAAGACUGUGUCAGCCUUGUAAGACCUUUAUGUCAGUCUGGCUAUGUCAGAGAUCUAUCAGGAGACUGUGUCCAGCGCUCAGACUGCUCAUCACAAUGCCAAGGUGGAAGUGGGAAAAGAAACCCUGACUCAGGCAUCUGCUUUUGUGAAAACACUUAUAGUACAGCUGACGUCUGUGAUACCAGCUGCCAAGGCAACCUUACUACAGUCGUCCUAAAUAAUGAUGGGACUUUUACAGUCAAUUCUACCAAAUGGAUCGGAAAAAGAAAAAUCACAGAGAUUGAAGUCGUCGAUUUCCAAAGCACUGAUGGGUAUACAGGCAGAGUUUAUUGCCAAGACGGGUACUCUUGUAAUGUGAAAACUAUUGAAAUUGAUGAGACUACUAAAGCUUUUACUUCAAAUUUGCAGCCGAAACCGUUUUUGGAAGCGACUGGGAGAAGACUGGCAAGCGAUGAUAAAAAAUUGAUGAACCCUGUGGUGUGUUUAGAACUAGGGGAAAGUAUGGUUUUUACGAUACCUACGGUAAAUGAUUAUCCUUAUUAUAUGAAAGACUCAGUACUGAAUACAAAUCCUAGCUUUGACUAUGGGCCUUUCUUACUCCCCCUUUAAUUGGAGCAAAGGGAAUUAAUUUUUUUGGCACUUUUCCUUACAAAUUAUGCCAAACUAUAUCAAUUUAAGUACCCAAAAAUUGCAAAUUUUCCGAUGUUUUGUUCAAAUUUAAAAUGGGGGAGUUAGAGCUUGAACAAGUAAUUAAGGGAGGUCAAAAUGUAAAAUAUUUUGCUUAUACUUUUAGAGAAGCAGGGAGAUAUGUGUUUGCGACGAAUUCUGAUAAAAAUAACGUGUUGAUUAUAAGUGUGAUGAGCUCAGAUCAGCAGUGCUCGUCUCCACAGAUUAGAGAAAGAAGUGCAGGGACGGUUACAAAGGCAGGAGUUUAUCAAGAUCAUGAUAUAUACUAUUUUAUGAAGAAUUUUUAUAAGAUAUCUUAAAAUAAGGAAUAGUCAUAUUUUAUAUAGGCAACAUGAAAAAACCUAAAUUUUUUAUUACAAAUACAAGUAUUUAAAUUAUAGAAAAUCAAAGCAACAAAGCCGCCUCCGGAAUUUUUCAAGCUAACCCAUUUUAUAUUAUUUAGAAUAAAUGAAGAAACUGACUGGAAAAUUUUCUUAUUCAUGAUGAUGGUCUUUUUGCUUUUCAUCAUUUUCUUAUCAACUGUCCAGAUUUUCCAUAGAAGAGCCCAAAAACGUCUCAUCAAGAAAAACCUAGAAGAUUUUAAGAAAACGCUAGAAUCUCAAGCUGCCGUAAUUAAAGGAAACGAUGAGUCUGUAGUUGAUGACCAGCCAGCAGGCCGACAAGUGGUUGCAGGAGCUCUGAAUCCUCAGCUUUUCCAAGCAAUUUAUGAAAAACUGUUAGAAUUAUCAGAAUUAAUGAGAAGUGGCAUUAAAAGCCGAAAAGACAAAAGCGCAGAAGAGCUUGCAAGCUUACUGGAAUCUCUCAAAGACCUUAAAAAUGUAAUCUCAGGAGCGCUAAACCCUAACGCUGUUUCUUCCGGCGCAAACCAGAAUUACGAAGAAGAGAUGGCCUAUAUUGCUUCUUUAAAUAAGCUUGACCCCAAGUCAGAGUCAGAAACCAAAAAGCUUCAAGAAAAAAUAAAAAAUGACCCUAAGCUUGAAGAAGACCAGAAGCAAGCCCUUUUAGAAGAACUUAACGAAAACUUAUCUAAUCUAGAAGCACAACUCGCUGAAGACCGCGUCCAUGCUGAAAACACCCUUAAAAAUCGCAUUGAAGAAAGAAGCAAACGAAGGAGAGAACUUCUACAAAAGAAAAAUGCACUCGAAGAAGAAGAGAGACAAGCUAAAGAAAGAAUGCAAAGAGAGUUAAAAGAUGCAGAAAAUCUUGCCCAAGAAGCUGAAAAAGAAUACGAAAAAGAAAAAAGACGAGCCAGAGAAAGAAUUUUUGGAAAUGUCGCGAAAAACAUGAGGAAAGAAAUUUUGGAAAAUAUAAGGAGAAAUCCUGAAAAAGAAGAGGAAAUUUUAAGUCAGUAUGAAAGAGAAAUGGAAGCCAUGGAACAGAAUUUGACUGACGAAAAAGGCAUGCAGCAUAGAGAUCUCAUGAGGAGAAUUGAAGAAAGAAGGAACAGAAAGCGAGGGGAUGCCCAAAACCGAGCUGAUGCUGCUAAAGAAGAAUACCAUGAAGCUUCAAAAGAACUGGAAAAAGUCAAUAAAUAUAUAGAACUGCUUAAUUCUUUCGAACAAAAUAUUGAUGUGCAAACAAGUCCAACAAUUAAACAAAUAGGCAUAAGUGAAGCUGAUGAAAGAGUGAUCGAUAGAAGAUUUGAAGAUCAACAAAAACAGUCAGAUAUUGCACAUGACUCAGUAAAGUCGCAGCUUGAAAAGCAGAAGCAGAAGCUGUUCACUGAGCUGUCAAAGGCAUCAAAUACUUCAGAGAGAGAUGAUAUAUUGGAAAAUCUAUACCAUUUAGGGACUAAUUGUAUUUACUAUAUUAAAUCUAUAACAGUGGCCAUAUAUAUAAAUUUUAUUCAUGAUAAAUGGUAUAACUUCUUAUAUUAAAAAAAAAUUUUAUAAAAAAUAAAUUUUAAUCAAUGUUUUAUUUUGCUUAUCUGCAGUAAGAAAUAUUGAAAACCAAAUUGAUGACGCAAAUAGACAAAGAGAACAAGACCAGAAAAGAAUUUUAGCUGAGCGUCUACAAGAAAGGCAGCGGCUGAGAAGAGAAAAGAAACAAAGAGCUCAAGAAGCUGAAAAAGAAGUCGCCAGUGAGCAAAAAGUUAAUACGGAGCAGUUUAGAAAGAAUGAAGAUAGAAUGAAAAAAUUGGAAGAUUUGAUAAAGAGCUUGCCAAAAGAUGAGCAAAUUGAAACUGUCAAACAGCUGCUAGCAGAUAAGCAUGAUAGAGAACUAAUUGAGCUUCAAAAUCUGCAACAGAAGAGAGCUGCUGAUAUCCAUGCUGAAAAGCUAACUCAGCCUCUUAGAAAAGACCAAAAUUUAAAAUUUUAAUGGGAAAUUCUAAAAGUGAAAUACUAAUUUUUAUAUAGCUAGAUUUACCUAAUUUCAUUAGUGAAAUGCAAGUAAAAUACUAUUUAAACAGUUGCCACACUGAACCUAUUUAAUUUUUCAAUUAAUUCAUUAUAAAAAUAAUAAAAUACUGCACUAAAUUUAUAUUUUUUAGGAUUUUUUAAUUUGCAAUUUAUAUAUUUUUUAAAAAAAACAUUAAUUCUAUAUUAUAACUGGGAGUAAGAAACUCUUUAGAAAAUAAGGCAGCUGCUAUUAAAGGAGCCCAAAAGCAUCUUGCAGAGGUUCCUGACAACCAAAAGCAAGCAUACGUAGCUUCAUUGAUUUUAGAAAAUGACCAAGAGACUCAAAAAGAUUUCGAAAAUACCUGGCAUGACCAUCAAAAGAAAUGCAAUGAUGAACUCCUGAAACUACUCGACAAACAAAUGAAUGAAGUCAAAGAAACGAUAAGACGGCUUGGAGUUGACUCAGCCGUUAACCCAGAAAUGCAGAAAUUAAACGAUGAUUUCUUAAAACGACAAGCCGAUAUGGAAAGAGAAGCCAACGAACGAAUGGACGCUCUUGAAAGGCAGAGAAACGACCUAGAAAAACUUGCAAGAGAGAAAAAAGAAGAGCUAGAAAGCCAAAUGGCAGAAGCAAGACACCAAGCUGAAAUUGAAAGAGUAAGAAAAGAACUGUUAGAAAAACAAAAGAAAGAGCAAGAAGAUGCAAGACGCAAAGGAAACUUAACCAAGCAACAAAUGGAAGAGCUCAUAGCCCAGCAUCAAAAAGAGCUUGAACAACUCGAAAGCUCUUUAGCUUCAGAAAAAGAAAGACAGCAGGCCAGCUUAAAGAAGAAACUUGAAGAAAAACGUGAAAGAAGGAGAAAACUAUUACAGGUUCCUGACGACAUGAAGCAUCUAGAAGUCAAAACAGCCCAGCUGCUAAAAGAAUUCAGAGGCGUCAAACAUCAUGAGCCAGAAAUCGAUGAAGACAUCUUAAGCGAGCUUUUAAGAAGAGUUAUAAGAGUAGAAAAUAUCAUCAGCAACGUCGACACCGCCCAGUUUGAAGGCGUAAUGAGAGGUCUUCAGCACCUUUCAGAGCAGUUAAAGAAUUACGAAUAA